AUGAUAUACAUCUACUUUCUUAAAAACAAAAGUGUAGCCCUUGAUUGUUUUAAAAUUUAUAAGACAGUUGUAGAGAAUCAACUAAAUAAGAAAAUUAAAAAGUUGCGUACAGAUAACGGAAAGGAAUAUUGCAGUAAAGAAUUUGAAAAGUAUCUUAGAAAUCCAGGAAUUAUUCAUCAGAAGAGCAAUCCGUACACGCCAGAACAUUGA